UCUGUUUGUUAAAUCGGGAGAAUCAAUAGAACAAUAGCAAAAGCAUCGACAUCUGGCACACUGCCAAUAUUUGCUCUAACACCUAGGGAACCUUAUAUAAGCUCAUCAUAUAGGAAAAUGAAGUUAGUCUCAUGUCAAAAUCUGUUGUCAAUACAUCAAAUUAGAGAAGAGUACCACCACUGCACCAUGAAAUCAUAUAUUGAACUUUAUAUGCUUUUCUGCCUUGCGUUCGGUUAUGCCAAAGCCGAUUGUCCAGAUACGGAAGAUGUAGUAUGGGCUCUGGGUGGCGGCUGUGUGGUGUUUCGCAAUGAAUGUUAUUUGAACAUGGCAAAUAUGGUCCGAAAACCCGGCUACACUGUAACCACUAAGGAGGAGUGUCAAAAGCAAUGCCCUCAGAUCUGCCCUGCGAUUUAUAGCCCAACGACGGGCAAUUAUAAUGGAACGAUGCGGGAGUUUAGCAAUGAAUGUGUGAAACGAGCUCAUACCUGUCGCACUGGCGAGACUUUUGUGUAGAGUCACGCGAGUAACUAAUAGAUGGACAUUAAUAAAGCAAUCUGUACACUAUUAAAGCGGAAUUAAAGAAACUGGAUUUUUAUGAAGAUUUUAUAGUGUGUUUAUUUAGGGAGUAGUUUGUCUGCUGUAGGCUGAAGUUUAAUAUACCACCUAAGAAGCACUUUUUAACUUAAAUUGUAACUUGCGAAAUAUAUUAAGUGUAAAUAUUUUGAUUUAUUUCUUGUAAAGUUAGUAAGUGCCCGAAUUAUUUUUCAAAGUAAAAAGGGUAGAGAUUUUCCUAAUCGUCGUAAAGAUCUCUGCGUAAUUCAGACCAGUUUCAGCGGAUUUUUUGUUUUUAUAUAUCAGGUCAUGCAAACAGCUUAUGGUAAAUAUUAUAAACAAAACAACUAAAA